GAAAUUGAAGAAAUAUUAUCUGACUCGUUUUAACACAUGUCGAAAGCCAUAUUUAUUACUCUUUUUACAAGCUAAGAGCAGUAGUGGAGCGAUCUAUGGGCUUCGGCAGUUUACCAACACGACAAUGGCCGAACUGUCUGCUUCAAGAUAUUUUUUAUAGGCCAAUACGACCAAACCUGCCAUGUCUUUGGUUUUAAAAAUGGCGUAUACAAGCUUUUUGUUUGCCGGUUUACGCUGUUAAAUAGUUUCUAUGACCUCGCGGUCAAUCGAGCGAGAUUGAAACGUUGUGAAUAUGAAAAUAAUAUACAUGUACAUGACAGCGUCGCAAAACAGUAGAUAAUGGAGAGUUCGGAAGACGAUGCGGGCGCCGCGACGAACGCUUCCCGCCGUGCAUCGGCGCGGGAAAAGGACCUCGGGCUCAACGAGGAGGUCGACGCGACCGCCAAUGCGUCUCGCGAAGCAUCGGGGGCCCAAACGCCGUGCGAGUCCGGAACGAUGUCGGAGGAUAACUUCGACGGCGACAGCGUCCCAUCGCCAUCGACGCACGACAACAAUGCGAGCACGGAAGCGAUUUUGGACAUGAUUGACGAAAUUUGUGACGGACCUGGUGCACCGAAACGAGUUCCAUUGUCGACUGAAUUUGACGAACCUGCAACUUCGCCACCCACACCUACCGCGCCGCCGGCCCCGAGCGAGCCUCCGCCUCUGGAGCCUCCCGCCACUGAACACCUAGCACAUCAUAGCAUUCCUCAGUUAGAGGAAAAUGCUAGUACAUCACAGAACACUGAAGACCCACAAGUUGGCCCGGUGUUAUCCCCAGUCUCUAGUGCCAAAUGUGAAAGUGCACCUGAGAUCUUACCUGAAACCCCAGUAGACAACAUAUCUGAAAGUUCAGUUUCUGCAGACACUAAUACCAGUAACAUAGAACCCCAGGCUAGUUCAUCUGUGCCUGAAGUCUGUGGACCUGCGGAACCAGAUGCCCCGGAGGCACAAAAUUUGAAUGUAGAGGCAGCUAGCACUUGCUCAGCUGUAAAUAUUCCUUCCAGCAGUGUAGAAACUGUACCAAGUGUUUGUGAAAUUAGUGAAUGUGAAUCAAAUGACCGGACAGUGAAGCAUGUGACUUCCAGUGAUAACAGAGACAAUGUGACUGUUGAAAGUGUGGAGUCUACAUCAAGUGAUGUUAGUGUAAGUGAAGGGACACAGGAGUCUGCAACAAGGUCGCCUUUGCGCCGCAGACUUAUUCGGCCGACUCCGUAUGAUCGCCGUCCGGACACCACUGUCUCCUCUACUGUGGAUUCUCAAGUUAGUGAUAAUGAUGUUGGACAGACAAGCAGUGACAGUGUAGCAAAGGAUGUGUCUAGUUCUUCAGACAUCAUCCCCCCUGUACAUGGUAAGGUAAAAGAUGUUGAAAGUAGCAAUGUAAGUGAAAUUAGUGUCUGCAAAGCAGAGACAUCAACAACUCCUUCUAGGAAAAUCAAGUUAGUAAGACAGAAAGUUACACCAUCAACAAGUCAGAGUGAAAAAUCACAAAGUCAAGCAGUUACACCUGAGAUUGAGGCUCCAUCAACUUCAUCACAUACUGUACCAUCAACAGUAACAGCUUCAUGUUCUUCAGACUGCAUUAGUACAACUGAAGUUACGGAUGAAGCAGAUAAAGCAGAGCCCAGCCGAGCUUGUCAAUCAGAAUCUGUUAUUGCGGAAUCCAUUGUGGAUCCUAUCAAUAAAUUGACAAACAAAACCCCUGUUGUGAGUAAAGAAAAUGAACAACAAAGCCACUCCUCAGGGGCAUCAACAUCACAGGUCUCUGAAAAUGAGGAUGUUCAUAAAAAAGUUCCUCCUAUUAAACUUAAUUUGGCUGCAUCAAAUGUACCAGAUCCAGUCAUUAAUGAUACAAGCAAACAAAUUGAAAAACAUCUCAGUCCUGAACCUGUUCAGGAUUCACCAGAGACAUCAAAGCAGAUCCCUAAACUAACCAUAAAAUUAAGUGGAAAGCAACCAGAAGAUAUAAAGUCUCCCAUCCCUAAAUUGACUAUUAAACCCAUAAAGCCACCUGCUGAAGAUGAGCUAAAAACAGACAACUCCAAAAAUAGCGAGCCAAUACCUAACAUUACAAAAAUUAAUAUUAAACCUAUUCUCAGACCACCAGAGAAGAUAAAUGACAUUCACCGAAAAUCUAGUAGUAGUGAAAUAUCAGAAUCAGAAUGUUCAGAAAAUGAUGAAACAAGCACAUCAGAUCAGGCAUCCACCUCAGAUCAAGGACCUACUGACAUCAUACCAAAAGUUACCAUAAAGCUUGGUAAACCGGGAACUGAUGGUGAGGGCAAAUUCUAUACAGACCAAACUGUACCUAAGCUCACAAUAAAAGGUCUACAGCAACCUGACCAGGAAGCCUCAGAUUCGAAACUAAAGUUGGUUGUUAGCCCAUCAGAAGAAAAAGUGGACAAGAUACCAAAAUUGACAAUAAAGACUGUGGCUAAGUCUGACAGCCAACUAAGCCCGAAGCUGACAAUAAAACCUAUAAAACCUGUAGAAAAUUCUGGCAAAGACAGUACAGCUGAUCAAUCUGAUGCUAAAAUGUCUAAGAGUAAGUCAGCAGAUUGUGCUGAUACUAGUGGAGAAAUUAAAGAGACUACACACAUCCCCAAAAUCACAAUUAAACCAGUUCUUAAAAGUGAUAUUGAGUCAUCUCCUAAAAAGUCUGUUUCAAAAUGUGACAAUCUUGAACAAAUUCCUGUAGUAACAAAAUUAAACAUCAAACCCAUUUUGAAACCUACAGAUGAAGAAGUCUCUGAAGAAAUAAAAGAUGAAGUUCCUGUAGUUUCAAAACUAAAUAUUAAACCUAUACUAAAACCUAAAGAUAGUGAAGUAGAUUCUAGUAUAGAAGAAAUCCCUAAAGUUACAAAGUUAAAUAUAAAACCAUUAAAACACCCUGAAGGAAAAUCUUCAGAACAAAAAGACUGUGAUGAAUGGAAUGCAGACAGUGAUCAAAAUAGUAUACCUGUUGUUACUAAACUUAAUAUUAAGCCUAUAGUUAAGCCACUAGACAAAGAAAGUAUGAACGAUACUGAAAACCAGUCCUCUGAAACAGGAAAUUCAAGUGAUGACAAUACUGAUAUACCUGUUGUUACUAAGUUAAAUAUAAAACCAAUAUUAAAACCUUCAGGUGAUGAAGAUAUUGCCAAACCAAAUACUUCGGAAAGUAACAUACCUGUUGUUACUAAACUGAACAUCAAGCCCAUUAUAAAACCAGAAGAAAAUGCACAGCCUUCAUCCCCUAAGAAGGAAAUUCCAGUAAUUACCAAACUAAACAUCAAGCCUGUUGUUAAACCUGAUGAUCUUGAACAAUCCAAAAGCAGAGAUACUGAAGAUGCAAAUGUGAAGAAUCCUCCAUUAGUGAUGAAAAUUAAUAUGAAAGCUGUUACGGAUGCAUCAAGUGAAGAAAGUUUUAAGGCUGACAUAAAAAUCAAUAAUCUAGAUGAGAAAAUUGAACAUGUUUAUAACAAUAUUAAUGAUAGCAUACCUGUUGUGUCAAAAAUUAAUAUUAAACCACUUGUCAAACCCAUGGAAGAUGAACAUGUUAAUAAUGAUUUGAGUAAUUGUCAUAAUGAGGACUCCAGUAUAAUUCAAGCUACAGAAAAUUGUCUGGAAGUCUCAAAGACCGAAAAGUUUAAUUCAUUGCAUAAAAAGGAAACAAUACCUGUCACUGCUGGAGAUCAUAAAACAACAAAGGAAAAUUGUCUUCCUAACGAAUCAAAGACACUAAACAGGGAAACUUCUCAUAGUAAUGAUUUAGAUGGAAAUAGUUCAGUUGCAGGAUCUAAUAAAAAAGAACAUGUAAAUACUAAUGUAGAACCAGAACAUAAUGAGCCUAGUAAAACCACACCGUCUGUCAAGCAGACAACUUUAUCAAAUUGUACAUUAUUAAAGAAGUUAUUAGAGCACAAAAAGAAAGAUGUAGAAACAAGAGUAAAAGAACCAGAAGAAAGUGAUCCAACUGUGCCUGAAGAAACUAAAUUAGCUCCAGCGGGCUCAACAAGCAUUUCCAAUUGUGGCCAAAUUGAUAAAGUAAACUCAAAGUCACCUCAUGAUAAAAAAAGAAGUAAUGCACCCAGCCAGGAUGUACAAAAUCAAACAACUUCCCUCACACCAAAUGCUCAGUCUCUUAAUCGUUGUAGAGCAGAAAACGAGAGUGUAACAAAGCCAUUAGAAAUUAAUAUAUCAGAAAAGAUCACUACUACAAGCUCAGGUCAAGAUUCUCCACGAAUUAUCUUGAAAAUUAAUAAGACUGAUCAUGGUCCUUCUGCCAAAAUUAUAACGGAAGACAUUAAAAAACCUGAAACUGUGCAAGAUAGUUGCUCACCUGAAAAUACUCAAGAAAUGGUUAAUGACAAGCAAAGAAAAGGUAUUGUAAAUAGCAAACGAAAAGGACUAGCAGAUGCUUCACCCACAGUAGCCUUGGGAAAAAGGUUACGUAGUUCAAGGGUUGUUCAGGAAUCAGAAAAGUCUCCUCCCAUCAAGCGAAAUGCUGGAAAGAGGCCUCCUUCUGUGGAAAUCAGCCCUCCGCAGAAAAAGGAACCAGAACUCUCAGUAUUAGAAACAAAGCGGUUAAAACUUGGACAGUUACUAUCCAAUAAGGCUCUGACAGUAAGGCCUGUAAAUCCUAAAUCUCAAAAUGCAACCUCUGAUGCUAAAACCGGAUUGGAUUGUAAACAAACCACUAAAGCAGUCAAUCAUUUAAACAAUGAAAACUGUUCUAAAAAUGGUAACUCUAAGCUGCAUAAUAUUCUGUCGAAUUUACAAGCCAAGCAAAUUCAAGUCAUGCCUCUUAAUUCAAUGAACUGUGUAGAUAAAACUCAGCCUAUAGAGAUAGACUCUAGCACAUCGACUGGCAGCUCUGAUGUAACUGAAGUUAUAGCAAUUGAGCGAUCGCAUCCGGAAGUACAGGAAAUGAUUAUUAAUGAAAAUUCUGAAUCCCACGACUUCAACAUGGCAAAUGAUGAAUUAUCUCAAGAUCCUUUAGAAGUAGAUCAUCAUUUGAAAACAAAUGAAGUAUCAGGUGCUGUAAGCGUUCCGUUUACCCCGCAACCGAAGAAGCGUGGCAGACCGCGCAAAUUACCCGUGUCAGAGGGUGCAAAACCUGUCAUCACUCUACCAACCCCUGCUCUAGAAGAACGUCCACAGCGAUCUUUAAGAUUAACUAGAGAUCGGCCAGCUAUAUUAGUAAAACCUCGGGGAAGGGGGAGAGGUCGCGGCGUGAAGCGCACUCUGAUGGCGUCGCCGCCCAAAGAACCUGAACCGAUUGUCGAAACUGCUACUAACUUUUUUAUCAAAGAGGAGAAAACUCCUGAAGAGAUCGAUCCAACUAGCUCACGGGUGAAACUGCCGCGAAUGACCGAGGCACUUGAUAAAAUGCCUUCCGUUUGCACGACGCCCCUGAGCAGUCGAAAGAGUAGAGAUUCCUGCAGCAGUACGGAUAUGAAAAUAUUCCCAGAAACUCAGGAGUUAAAAGUUGUAUUAGAAACGACACUGCCUAAAUUGGAAGACACGUUUAUGAAGUCUCCAGAGACGCCAGGGAGCGAGGGUCGGGGCCGAGGAGGGCGCGGACGAGGCAGCCGCGGCGGACGAGGCCGCGGCGCUGCCAAAACCCCUCGCGGCCGCGGCCGGGGCCGGGGUGGUGGUCGCGGCGCUAUGUACAUGAAGGAGACCAUGGGUAUAUACGGACGUGUAUGUGGACCUGCUACCACGACGGUACAAUUAUUCGAAGAGGAAACUUGUAUGAUGGAUGACAAUGCUACACCUGCUAAACCCUCGCACUUGUUAGACGAAGACUCCCAGAGUUCUGUAAAAAGCUCGACAAACGAAAGUAGUAAUAAAAUGAGAAAAUCUAAGUUCGCAGAUUUGUUUGACAGCAAUAAAGUUUGGACGGCUGCUGAUGUGAAAGAAUACAUGUGGCCUCCUCCUGAGAACCCAAGUGCUGAGCAUCAGGUGAUGAUGAUUCAAGAGCAAGUAGCGAUGUUCCUCGGCGUGAAGAGCUUCAAACGCCGCUACCCUGAACUCAAGCGGCGCACAGUGGGCGGCGAAGAGCGAGACUACAUCCUGCGGAAGGGCAUAGUGACUGAAGCUCUUUGCGAUCUUGGCAUCACAGCAGUGGACGCCAGCGAAGUCCUGGACAUCAUGCUGUCGGACUACCCCCACAAAUACGAGGAAUACCGGUCGCACCAGCGCGAGCGGCAGAUCGCCGUCGCACAGGAGCCUCCGGAGAAACCUGAAGUGAGAGUGGACCGGGUCGAGAUGAAGAUCUCGGACAAGUCUUCGGAUAAACCGGAACCACCUAAGAUUGAUCCGGAAAAGACCCGACAGGACAUGGCGGCGGCAGCGAUAGCGUCCGCGAGCGAGUGGAACGCGCGGCUCAACUCGGUCCGGCGCGGCGCCUGCGCCGACCUGCAGACCAUGACGGUGCAGCGCCGCCGCGCGCCCAUGAAGAGCCCGGGCACGCACGUGAAGCCCCCGGCCGGCUUCUACCCGCACGCGCUGCUGCCGGGCCAGUACCAGCACACCUACCGGUACUACACUCCGGACCAGUUGAGAUAUUUCCCGCUGAACACGGUGGUGGCCGCGCCGCCGGCGCCGCCGUCGCCGUGCGAGUCCAGCUCGGAGUCCGAGCCCGACUGGGGCUCCAACCUAGACUCCAGCGACGACAACAGUCGCCACCAGCCGCCUAAGCGGAAGAAGCUAAUGAAGGUGAAGCGAAGCAGCAGUGUGGUGGAGCCGAAAGAGGAGCCGCGCGACGAGGAGCUGUGUCGCGCCUGCCACCUGCGCGAAGAGGGCAACCGCAAGUACUCGCACGAGCGCUUCCUCGUCUGCGCCAACUGCAACUGUCGCCUACACCCGCAUUGCGUGGAGCUACCCGCGGAUACAAUCCGCAAGGUGCGCGAGUACGCGUGGCAGUGCGCCGAGUGCAAGACCUGCUGCGCUUGCUCGCUGCCCGCCGACGACGACAAGAUGCUGUUCUGCGACCUGUGCGACCGCGGCUUUCACAUCUACUGCGUCGGCCUGGACCGAGUGCCCACCGGGCGAUGGCACUGCGUGGAGUGCGCGAUCUGCAAGUCGUGCGGCGCGCGCGACCCGCACGGGCUGGCGCCGGCCGCGCCCGCCCCGGCCGCCGACUGGCACCACCAGACCCGGCGCGGCCCCGGCGGACACAAGCUCUACUCGCACUCGCUCUGCACGCCCUGCGCCAGGGCGUAUCGCAUCGGUCGCUACUGCCCGCUGUGCGAGCGCUCCUUCAUCGGCCCCAAGGGGACCAUGCAACUCGUCAUAUGUAAGCUCUGCGAUAGACAACUGCACCAAGACUGCGUUAGGCAGACGGUGGCGGCGCUGAACGUGCUGGACUACACGUGCGGGGACUGCCGCCGCGCCGGCAUCUCGUCGCGGUCGGCGGCGGCCCGGCUGGCGCCGCGCACCAUCGCCACGCUGUUCAUGGCCAAGCGCCGCUUCAACAAGUACGCGCACCGCCAGUACCUGGCCUCGCGCGCGCGCGAGGCCGGCGGCGACGCGGAGGCCGAGGCCGCGCCCGACCUCAGCUCCGACCCCGACGACCCGCUCGACGGCGCCGAGCCCCAGCCCUUCGAGGACUGACUGUAUAGAACUGUGUAUAGUGCCGUCUGUGUAUGACUCGUUCGCUUCGAUACGCUCGCGCGACCCCGUCGCAUAAAUCUGAUUAACGUAACGAUUAAUUAGUAGGCUACGUAUGUUUAAGUUAUCGGAUAGUGAAGAGAUACUAGCUGUAUUCGGCCGGGUCGACCGACUCUUUAUUUUUCGUGAUCUUCGCGGCCGAGUGACCGGACCGCCGCCGCGGUUAUAUUAUCCCUAGUGGGUGUAGACGGAUUAAUUUAACAGAGGUUAAACAUGAAGUGGUUAGAUAGAUGUAGGUCGCAGAUAAACUAACAUGUAAACUGUACAGUAAUACUAACUUCACUAUAAUGGGUAGCUGGGCAAUCAUACUAUUUUUAAUAUUAAUAGUUUUGUGUUGAAAGUAUCCUGUAAGAAAAAAUCAUGUAUUGACGAGUGCUUGGGUAAAGACACGCGUUGGUCCUCAUAACUAUAACUUGGGAGACACGAAAAUGUCAACCGACUAUCCGUUUCAUUACACAAGCACCGUUUUCGGUCCGAGAAUUGUUAUGUUGGAGAGAAGAUUCACGAGUGCUACUGUUUCGUUAUGAUUAUUACGAAUUUGUUUAUAACUAUUGUAGCACUAACAUGAUCAUUUUGUAUGAGCUAUAUUUGCAUAAAAUUGACAAUUAGGUUGUAUUCUCUACGAUUGUUUUUUUACUUGGAGAUAAUAAACAAUUAUGAUAGAAACGUCUGCCUUUUGAUGCAUUUGAGUUUUGUUUCUAUGAAUUGUUUUCCCCUUUUGUUUUCGAAUAUCGGCUGAACGCUGUGAAAGAAAUGAUCUAAUCAAGACAGUCCGCAUUUUAUGUUUUGAGAUAGAUUAACUUAGUUAUUGUUAAUUCUCCUUUGUAAGGUAUUUAUUUUAGUUUUAUAUGGAUACAACUGUAUACAAUCUUGUGUCCUCUGUAUUUGAGAAAUGUAAAAUAUAUUACAAAAGUGAGAUAUGCCCGGAAAUCGUUGGAUGCCGGUAGGAGUCCAGUGAAAGCUUAUAUACUUAUGAAAUAUUGAAUACGAUUGAGGGCUACUUCCCCCUAUAUUACGCAGAAUCAUUCAAUUAAUUAAGGUAUUGUUGAUUAAAAGCACUAAAUAGUUAAAAUAAGAUUUUUUUUCUGUAGUUUAAUUACUCGAAUGAAAUUCAGCAGCUUUCCAAUGUCAUUUCUUCUAUACUUAAUUUCAAAGUACAAAACCAUUAGGCUAUUUUGUGUUCUAAUUUACUCAUCGUUCUGGAAUGUUUAUGAACCCAAUUUUUUAUAUAGAUUAUUAAUAGAAAGAUCAAAUAAAUUAUUUAAACUCAGAGUAUAUGUUUAUUUUCAUUACGAAGAAAAUUAUUUAUUGUACGGUGUUAUAAAGAUAGUAUUAAAUAAAAUAUAGCCGAAUUGGGUGGUAUUCAUUUCCAGAGCGACAUAAAAGGUUAUGCAUGUGUGCUGCCGUUCGUUACUAGGUACGUAGUCCGCGCCUUAUACGUAAAGCCCGAUUUAGACGAUGCGAGAACUCGCAUGCGAGUUUCAUAACAUUGCGGGUUUUGAUUGGUCGGUUGAAUUGGACGUAACCAACAGUCCGCAAUGUAACUAAAAUCGCAUGCGAUUUCGCGCGCCAUCUAAAUCAACCCUAAUGCUCGCUGUACUUACGAUCCUGCGCUGUCGUCUUUUAACCACUGCUGUGUGCAAUUAUCCCGUAUGUUGUGUAUUAUACUUGUAUUAGAAUUCUGUAAGUGCAGUAUCAGUAACAUUCAUCAAACUGAUGACCUCUAAUGUAUCAUGUUUAGUUUAUAGUUAUCCUUCGGUUAUUAUUAAUCAUAGUUUACUUAGUAACAAUUUUUAAGACAAAAUUUAUGUCCACAGAUUUAUUUCAACGAAUCAUGUUAUGACUUUUUAUAUUAAAUAUUAUACUGGUUUGGGUGUGCCUGUGUGUCACACACCUCCGAUUCGUAUUGCUUUAUUGACACAGGUGAAUUAAGACUUACUUCUAAGAGAAUAUUGAUAACUUUAUGUCUACUUAAUGCAAGUGUAAACGUUCUAGAAAUCUCGCACUGUUCGGUCAAUUUUGUAAAAAAAUAAAAUAAAUUUAAUUUGA